GAAUAAACUCAUCAGAAACUAUAUAUAAAAAAAAAUACCCCAACUGAUUCAUUUUUGUUUCUUCGCUUCUUUCUGUAAACUGCAAAUUUCCCCAAAUUCUCGAAGUUUCUAGGGUUUUUCUUCUGCUUUUGUGUUCGUCGAGAAAUCUCCGGCGGAAAUGGCGGAUUCGACGGCGGACGCGACGGAAGCAAACGCCGAUACUCUGAGGCGGGAGUUACAGAAAGUACUGGCUGAGAUUCUACACGACGGAGGAGGAGGCAAAGAUCGCGGUGAGACUGAAGCUUGUUUCGGAGUUGUGAAAGCGAUUGAUGAAGCGAUCAGAAUCCUGAAUUGUCUGAGGAGAGUAGAAGAAUCGAGAAAGCCGGAAUCUGAUAUUUCUCCGGUGAAAGUGCCGAAAGAGUUCAUAUGUACACUCUCCAAUACGAUCAUGAUCGAACCUGUGAUCAUCGCUUCUGGCCAGACGUAUGAAAAGAGAUAUAUCACAGAGUGGCUGAAGCAUGAACGUAUAUGUCCCAAAAGCAAAGAAGUCCUCGCUCACGGUUUUUGGAUAUCAAACCAUUUGGUCAAUGAGUUGAUUACGCAAUGGUGUCGUGCUAACAAAUUUGAUCGGCGAAAACCUCCACCUGAAGAAAUAGUCACUGAGCUGUUCACUAGUGACAUAGAGGCACUGCUUCACCGGAUUUCCUCUGCCUCCUCCGUUGCGGAUCAGACAGAAGCUUCAAAAGAGCUGCGCCGCCAGACCAAGAAAUUUACCAAUGUCCGUGUCUUCUUUGUCGAGGAACUCCCUGGUUCGAUCACCCGAUUGCUCAGUCCGCUCUCUACUUUGGGCGAGGCAGUAGACUUGAACCCUGAGCUUCAGGAGAAUCUUGUCACAACAUUGUUCAACCUCUCGAUUCUUGAGAAGAACAAAACAGUCAUUGCUGAGAACCGUCUAGUGAUCCCUCUGCUCACAAAGUCUUUGAAACAGGGGACAGCUGAGACACGGAGAAACGCUGCAGCGACUUUGUCAUCACUCUCAGCCAUUGAUUCUAACAAGAUGAUCAUUGGGAACUCGGAAGCCGUCAAGGCGCUGAUUGAUCUUAUCGAAGAGGGUGAUGUGUUAGCCACAAAAGAAGCCACUUCCACGGUCUUUAACCUCUGUAUUGUAUUGGAGAACAAGGAAAAGGUGGUUUCAGCGGGUCUGAUACGUGCGGCAACCAAAAAGGUCAAAGCAGGAAGCAAUGUGGAUGAGUUGUUAUCUCUCUUGGCGCUGAUUUCCACACACAUCCGGGCGAUUGAGGAAAUGGAUAAGCUAGGGUUUAUCUAUGAUCUGUUCAGUAUAUUGAGGAAACCGAGUAGCUUGCUGAAUGGGGAGAACGCUGUAGUGAUCGUCUUCAACAUGUGUGACAGAAACAGAGACCAAUCCAGGCUGAAAGUGGUAGGAGAAGAGGAGAAUAAACACGGGACAUUUACAAAACUUGCAAAGCAAGGAUCAGUUCGUGCGGUGAGGAAGGCACAAGGGAUUUUACAGUGGAUUAAGAAAUUCGUUACUGGUAAAGAGCCACAGAGGGCAUGAAGGAAUCAGGUGUUGUUAAUACGUAAAUAGAUUUGCAAACUGACUCUUACCGAUCCAAUAUUGAUGGUAAAUAUAGUCAUAGAAAGUGUAGAGAUUAAAGAUAGAAGGCAAAGGUGUAUAUAGUCUCUCCUCUUUGGGAAUGAAAAGUUCCUGAGUUUUGCUACUCUUUAGUUGACUUUCUGAUUCAAGAUCGUGAAAUGAGGAUUACAUAAAGCAGAGGUUGUCUUUUUGUAGUGACUA